AUGCGUAGCUUUUACAAUUUACCAUAUGGAAAAAAUAAGAAUCAAUCAGAUGAAGACACCUACACCCACAGAACUUGCCACGUAAUUUUGGAAGAGAUUUUCCGUAUCAGAACUAUGCAACUUGUAUGGGCGAACGGAGAAAGUAGUUCAUCUAAAAAUCAAUGUUUAGGGAAUUCCGAUAUCAAUAGGUUAAAGCCCGAUUUCCGCUUAAUUUGUAAAGAUGAGAAUGAGAGUGAAAUAUUAUUUAGAGAGAUUAAGCCACCAAAAGUAGAAAAUCACAAGUCCAUUGCAAAUCAUGCACUUGCAAAAUUGGCUACCCUCAUGAAGAGUGCAUUAAACAUGGGGAUUCAUGAUGAAAUGUAUGGUGUACUAAUUAACGUAGAAAUGACUUUUCCCACUGAGGCAGCGGAAUUUCUUGUAAUCAUCUCUGUUAUAGAAAGAUAUUACGAAUUAAGAGAACUUGUUCUCGAAACUGAUAGAAAGAGUAACUCCCACCUGAAUGAAAAUUAUCAGUGUGAUUCAAACUAUAGUCCUACGAAGACAAAAGUUCCUGUUAUCAAUAUUCAAACAUCUGGUCAUACAGAAUGA